AUGGAUUUCACGACUACCAUUACUGGAUUUCCUGCUACACCUAUGUUGGUGAAGGAAAUGGCCGACGAAAUUCGCAUUCGACGCGUUCAAGUCGCGUACUCACCAAACCCUACCUUGAUAAUGGUGAAGGUGUUCCUUGGGAGAGUAACUGCACUCUGA